GAACCGAGGACAUCACUUCCUAUCCUGCCGGCCAUAGGGGGCGUGGGGUUGGGGGGCACCGGCAAGGGUCCUUUGCCCCCCAAGUAGCAGCCCAGCAAGAGGGUUGGGGGGCACGUUGCCCCCUUGAUGCCUCCUGCUCGCCCCUCCACCUUUUGCAAGAAGCUCCUUGGGAGAAGCUCACCAGGAACAAAUUUGGGCCUCUUUGGCCUGCGGUGUCUGUUGUUUUGAGGUGCCCAACUACCCUUCCAAAAGUCAACAUUGGACGAAUGGUCACCUUGGUCGCAGACGCCCGGCUUGGCCUGAGACGCAAAAUGGCCACUGAGCAAGGCAGCGCCAACACCCCGAGCUUCCAGUUGCCGGCAGAUCCGAAGGUGGGGGCGAAAAUGGCGGAAGAGGAGCAGGCCAGCUACCUUGCCGGCAGGGCUGCGGGUCCUUGCAUUCUUCAAGCCGGGAGCAUGUGGGGCCUUGAGAGGAGAAGCGGGGAAGAUACCCCAAAUGGGACCAGCAGCGUCUCCAACAUGUGGCAUCAAUAUAUCCGGCCAUUUAGCCACCACGAAGCCGAGUGGCCGCGGCAAGUUUGCCGGCAGCUCUGGGAGCUGUGCUGCCGGUGGCUGAAGCCGGAGAGACACGGCAAGGAGCAGAUUUUGGACCUGGUGGCCCUGGAGGAGUUCCUGAGGGCUUUGCCCCCAGAAAUGCAGAGCUGGGUCAGGGCGAUUGGGCCAGAGGGUGGCUCGCGAGCGGCGGCUGACAAUUUCCUCCCGAGGGAAAGAAGCAGUGAGGAGCAAGAAGAAGAGGAGCAGGUGACUUUUGAAGAGGUGGCUGUGUAUUUCUCGAGCGCCGAGUGGAGUCUCUUGGAUGCCGGCCAAAAAGCCCUGUACAGGGAAGUUAUGCUGGAGAAUUACGGGAAUGUGGUCUCCCUGGGACUUUGGCUUCUCAAACCCGAAUUCGUCUCCUGGCUGGAUGAAGAGGAAGAAGAAAGUGAGACAUUUGUCCAGGGAGCUGCUGAAAGAGAGGAGAGAUCAAGAGGAAGGAGUUCUUUGGGGGUUGAGAAGGGGUAUGAGAAGCAGACGAAUGGGCCGGAAAGUUCUAGAGACGUGGAACUGUGCGGUGAGGCUUUGUUGAGAAGAGCUGAGCCAGAAGAUGCGCUCGGUAGCACAUGGGCAGGAGACGCCAAGGGGCAACUAGGGAGCCGCUCACAUGAAAGCCAAGUCCAGUUCCUUAAUUGCCUGGAAGAUUAUGGCAAGCCUGAGGAUUAUUUGGCCCAGCUGGGAAUCUUCCAGAGCGAGGGAGCUUUCGAAAGCAUGAAGGCCUUCAUGCAGAAUCCUGACCUCCUUGUCCCGAACCAAGCGAGUCUUCCGGGACGGAGGACGCACCAGUGCUUGGUGUGCGGGAAAAGGCUGGCCAGCCGAGGGAAGCUCAUCAUCCAUGAAAGGACGCACACGGGAGAGAAGCCGUUUGCCUGCUCCGACUGCGGGAAGUGCUUCAGCCAGCAGGCGCACCUCAGCGGCCACCGAAGGACCCACACGGGGGAGAGGCCCUUCCAGUGCGCCGAGUGCGGAAGGAGCUUCAGCGACAGGACCUCCUUCAAGAGGCACGAGAGGAUCCACACGGGAGAGAAGCCCUACGAGUGCACCGAGUGCGGCCGCCGCUUCAGCGACUGGACGGCCGCCAGGAGGCACAUCGCGGCCCAAAUGCGCACCAAAGCCCACAAGUGCGCCGACUGCGGGAAGGGCUUCCAGAGCCUAGAGGAGCUCCUGAAGCACGAAGAGGGCCACCCGAGCGACAAGCCGUACACGUGCUCGGUCUGCGCGCAAGGCUUCAGCAAGGCGCAGUACCUUUUCCGGCACGGCAUAACGCACGUGAGGGAACGGCGCGAGCAGCAGCAGGACCAGAGAGGCUCCCCUGGCGAAGGGGAAGCGGCCGCACAGGAAUCGCCGGUGUGCGCGAGGGAGGGGCGCGAGGGCCGAGGGUGCAGCGAAGGCUCGCUCACCAAGUGCGCCCUGAAGCGCGCGGGAGCCGGGAAGGCCUUUGGGUGCUCGGAGUGCGGGCGCAGCUUCAGCCAGAGGACCAACCUGGUCAUCCACUGGCAGACCCACACGGGGGAGAAGCCCUACGAAUGUGCCGAGUGCGCCAAAUGCUUCGGCACCCGGACGUCCUUGCGGAGGCAUCGGAGGAUCCACACCGGGGAGAAGCCCUAUCAGUGCUCGGACUGCGGGAGGUGCUACAGAGACGGGACGUCCUUCCGGCGGCACAAAUUGACCCACACAGGCAAGAAGCCGCUUCCGGAGAGCUUUCCAGCUCCAGCCCAGCUCAUUAAACAGGAAGAAACCCACAUGGGGGAGAUUCUCUGGGGCAGCCCCAGUUGCAGGGAAACUCCAGUUCAACAGCCGUUCUAAAGGAGGAGGCUUCCGAGAAGGAAGUCACAUAACAGCAGGGGAAGGGAACCUGUGGACCUCCAGAUACAACUCCCUACAACUCCCUUCCUCCCUCACCACUGACCAUGCUGGCCGGGGAGUUGGAGUCCAACACAGACCCAGAGGGUCAUUGUGUCAAUGAAAUACAAAUUCUUGUACUGUGGUAACUCGGGUUACAUACGCUUCAGGUUACAGACGCUUCAGGUUACAGACUCUGCUAACGCAGAAAUAGUACCUCGGGUUAA